CAUCCCCUUCACUAUUCAGCGACUCUGUGAGUUGCUGACAGAUCCUAGGAGGAAUUACACAGGAACAGACAAAUUUCUAAGAGGUGUGGAAAAGAAUGUCAUGGUUGUCAGCUGUGUAUAUCCAUCUUCAGAGAAAAAUAAUUCCAAUAGUUUAAAUCGGAUGAAUGGUGUUAUGUUCCCAGGAAAUUCACCAGGGUACUCGGACAGAUCUAAUGUAAAUGGUCCUGGAACUCCCAGACCAGUAAAUCGACCGAAGGUUUCUUUGUCAACUCCUAUGACAACAAACGGUUUGCCAGACAGCACGGAACAUAAAGAAUCAAGCUUGCAGCAGACAGAAGAUAAAAAACACAGUGAAUCACCAGCAUCUGAAUCGGAAGGUACUCAGAGCAGCCCGGUAAAAAAUAAGCACUCUGAAGAUGAUCCUGCAGAAGCAGAAGGACGUGAGGUAAAAAGACUUAAAUUUGACAAGGAAGGGGAAGCCAGAGAUGCACCUAACCAAACUGCCUCCAGUGAAGUCUCUCUAGGCAUGGGGGAAGACACAGAAACAUCCUCUACAUCUCAGGAUAAAGAAAAAGAUGCUACUUGUGCCAGACAGCACUGUACAGAGGAAGAAGAGGAAGAGUCCUUCAUGUCUCCCAGAAAUGCUGGUCCAGACAGAAAAGAGCAAGAAAAAGACACUGAAUCCUCAACUGUGAAUGAAGACACCUCUGAGGAGAACAAUCAAAUGGAGGAGUCUGAUCAGUCUCAAGCAGAGAAGGAUUUACACUCAGAUGACAGUGAAAUUAGUGGAUCUGCCAGUAGUGGAGCUGACUGCAGUGAAACUGAAGAGUUAGGGUCCUAUGCUAGUGAAACUCCAGAAAUUUCAUCAGAGACCCCUAUGGAAAACAGCGAUGAAGCCACAGAAGCUGCAGAUGAACCUAUGGAGCAAGACUAAUUUAAAUACACUUAGAUGCAGUAUUUUCCAUAAGGCUCCGGUUUUACACUGUAUAAAUAAUUUUAUGUAAUAAAGUGGACCUUUAGUUUUACAAAAAGCAGCAGGUUGUAAAAUAAACUUCUUCAUGGAUUGAACCUUGAAAGAGUUGUACAUGAUAAGAACUGUGAAUACCAGCUCCUUCAGGUCCUGCUUACCGCUGAACUUUCGUUUGGUCAAAUCAGUGGUUUGUGUAUAGUUUUUUUUAUUUAGAAUAAAAGUUUUUAAACUGGAAGGUAAUUAUAAUUUUGACAACUUUUUUGGAGAUUACCACACCUAGUUGUAUGUAAGCAAGGAAGCUUUUUGUCUUGUCUCUUUCUGACAGCUAUAGCAGUUACUUCAUAUUUUGGUUACAGUUUCAACAUUUGACAUGUGAAAUAUGGGGUUUCAUGCUGGUUUCCAGAUUUUUAUUUGAAUACACACUAUGAAACCUUAUGUUGUGUGUUUUUAAAAUGUGUUACAUUUCACACACACAUAUAUGCACGCAUGCACACGUAUGUGUACCCUCACUGUUCUAAGGGGGAAAUGGUAUAUUUUUCUGUUUCUAUAAAAGAUAAACACAGCAAAUACUUUUUCUAUAGGAAAAGACUGCGUUCACCUCUCAAGGCACUUUGUUUUGCCUCUGGAAAACAAACCAAAUGAAAUCUGGCCCAUAUGAAACCCUGGAAGUACUGACGUUGUUGAAAACACCAGAGUAAACACAUUCCAAGAGAACUGUUCAGAUUACAACACUUUUGUAUACUUCUGAGGUGCCUGAGUGAAAGGAUUUCAUUUAUUUAUGAGAAAAUGUGCUUUAUGUUGAGAACGCUGUAAUCAAAAUGUUAGCUUAAACUUUUGUAGAAGAAAUGUUUGAAAAUAUGAUAAGAAAAUAUCUUGGAAGAAAUGAACAGGUACUUGCCUUUUUGAGUGCUUCUUGGAGCAUUGUGAAUAUUGUAGAGAAGUCUCAAUUAUUCUAAGGUGUGUGCAGAUGGCAUCGGUAUGAUCACACCACUGUAUUGGAAGAAUUAAUAUAUGACCGUAGUUAUGUACCUGAGCUAAACAACUAAAAGGUUUAGGGGUGCAUAGAAAUCACCAUGAUUUGUAUAACAUUUUGGAAGUGAACUAAAUAUUUUUGAACAUGCUACUUUGACAGCCAGUGUUACUUUUUUUUUUUCCAAACCAGCUCAAAGCACAAACUACUGCUUUAAACUCUCAAAUAUUUUCCAGUUCCCAUAUUUAAAGACAUGCAAGCUGCAACCUCCCAGUCACAAUUACUGGCUGCCAAGUUUAUACCUGUUUCUUCAACUGUACCUUUUUGAUAUUUAGAAUUUUUAAAUUUCUGUAAAGUAGAUUUUUGUAGAUUGUAAUGAGUGCUCACUGCCAUUGUGAAACGGUAUAUAAUUGUAUAAUUUCUGUGUGUAAACUGAAUGCUUGGGCUUUCAAUACAGUAUUCAUAUAAAGCAAUAAAUAUUAAUGUUAUGAAAUAUCUGAGUACAUUUUUAUCAGAAUUGUCCCUCUUUUGGUUUUAAGUUCACAUACCUGAAGUACAAAAAUGACCUCUAAAAUGCAUGCAGAUAGUUUCUUGUACUACAUGGUAUGCUUUGUAUCAUUUCGGGGAAAUCUAGGUUUUGAUUAAUGCUGGAAUAAUUUGGCUCAGUUGGAAUAUUUAUUAAGUUAUUUCUUGCUGAUGUUGCCUAUCAAGUUCUAAGCAGACAGGAUUCAGGGAGAUGCUUGC